AGCAAUAAUUGUAUGCACCUCCGCAGACGAUAUCGGCCAGUCCAUUAUUAGAGUCCUUGGUGAUCUUCAGCUCCACCUGUACAACAGCAUAACCAUCUUCAUGGACAUCUCCAACCUCCCUGACUGGCUCGGGUUCUUCCACAACUCUUCGGACAUGGGGGAACCCCAUAACACCACCCAAGACAAUAAUAACAUUUUAGGAAAAAAUGACGUUCUAAUUUUCACCCGAAACAGCACCAGUGCUAACAGAGAAGCAUCAGUGAUCGAACAAGUGAAACUGUCACUUUCGCCGCGUAGUGACAAUCACUUCAGUUUCUCGCUAGCCGACUUCAGGCUCAAUAACACACUGCGCCAUCUUUUGGUCGUGAACGGAAACAAUUCGAGUGACAUGUCGGUGGAGAAAAUGCACGCAAAUCUGGACGAAUGGUCGCUUAAGCACGCGCAGUUCGACGAAUGCGACGAGUGCAGGACAAAUUACGAGAAAGUGUUGAGUGUCGUUGUUAUUUUGGGAUGUUCGGGUCUAUCCGUGUUUUUGAUCUUGGGUGCAGUGGCCUUAGCACGAAAUCAGUUCAUAAAGAAACGGGUGACGAAAGGACCGUACAAGGUGCUACUCACCGCGGCUGAUUUCGUUUUUCCCCAGAUCGCGGACAGUCGUAGG